GAGGCACUCACCUCUACAAGGUUGCGGAAACAAGUUGCAACUUUGUCCACAGUACUAAACCUAAAAGAAAAUGAAAUGGAUCAACUUGCCACCUUUCUCGGACACGACAUCCGUGUCCACCGAGAAUUCUAUCGGCUUCCUGAGAGUACCCUGCAGCUUGCAAAAGUCAGCAAACUGUUGAUGGCAAUGGAGAAAGGAAAACUGUCUGACCUGCAGGGGAAAGGGCUAGAUGACAUCGACAUCAAUCCUGACGAUGAAGUAGCCACGAGUGAUGAAGAUUCCAGUGAAGAAACCCUUGCUGACCUACAUCAACACAAAGGCUCAAGAACUGAGACUUCUCAGGACCCAAGCAACGCACUUCACUCAACCACUCUGGACAAUAUGGAGGGUUCUUCUGCCUCAGCCACCCUGGACAGCAAAAACAUCAGCAACACUCAGCCAACAAAUGCUUCCCAGCAGAACACAGCACUUCAAGCGGGUACAUCCCGAGCAUCCUCAAAGUGCUCCAAUGGAAAGCAAGUUGGGAAGGUAAGAAGCAGGUGGACAGGUGACGAAGUGAAGGCUGUUGAGCGGCACAUGCUUCAUUUUAUAACAAGCUGCAAAGUACCAGGUAAAAGGGACUGUGACUCCUGCCUUCAAGCAGAACCAGUAGCUCUGAAAGACAGAGACUGGGUUGCCAUUAAAUUCUACAUUCACAAUAGAAUCACUGCAUUAAAAAGGAAGCUGAAUAGAUAGAGCUAUAAAAUGCAAACUAUGGCCCAGGUUUUAUUUUCAUCCCAUGCUUUUGUAAAGUGGUUGUGCUAAGUUGCUCAGCGCUGCCAAAUGUUCAGAUUAGUGAGCAUAGGUUUUUGUUUCC